UUACUAAUAUAUCCGCUAGAUGUUUAGGGUCUCUUUGCUUUUGGUGAACCGUUUGUAGAUCUCUCCGACGACGCCGACGCCGACAAUGGUUGCCUCCAAGAAGACCAAGAAGACUCAUGAGAGCAUUAACAACAGAUUGGCUCUCGUUAUGAAGAGUGGGAAAUACACUCUGGGUUACAAAACUGUUCUUAAAUCUCUCAGAAACUCCAAAGGUAAGCUGAUUAUCAUUGCCAACAACUGCCCUCCUCUUAGGAAGUCAGAGAUUGAAUAUUAUGCCAUGUUGUGCAAGGUUGGAGUUCACCACUACAAUGGAAACAAUGUAGACUUGGGGACUGCCUGCGGCAAAUACUUCAGAGUGUGCUGCCUCAGCAUUAUUGACCCGGGUGACUCUGAUAUUAUCAAGAGCAUGCCAGGAGAUCACUAAACUACCAAGGAUGAUACAUCACACUAUAGGUUUUGUUCUGAUUUAGUUUACAUCUUUUGUGUGUUUGGAAACAUUGAUGUCAAAGAGAAGUUAUUCUCAAAUUCAGAACUUCCGUUUUGCUCC